AUUCUGUAAAAGAUAGUCACUCGGAAUUGACACUAGAGUUGGACAGUAGGGUUAUGUCGCCCAUGGAAUCAAGUGAUAAGGAGAGCAGUAAUCUAAGCAGUAAUGAUGUCUCUCCCAAUUCAACCACAUCUAUGACCACAAGCAGCAAGAAUUGCGGACCAAAUAAUGAUAACAAUAAUAACUGCAGUUCCAGUAAUUCAAGCAAAAAGAAAAAAUCUCUAAACGAUAGCAAGACUGGAAAACCCCGGAGAGCGAGGACUGCAUUCACUUACGAACAAUUGGUUGCUCUCGAAAAUAAGUUUAAAACAACUCGAUAUCUAUCUGUUUGCGAGCGACUCAACCUCGCACUCUCUCUACGGCUCACAGAAACA